AUGGCGCCGAGGCCGGAGGAGGCGGGCGGCGGAGCGGGGCCGCUGCGGGCGCCCCGCCCCUCGGCCCGGCCGGCUAUGGCGGCGGUGCUGGCGGGCGGCUCCGGGCGGGCGGCGCGGCAGGCGGCGCGGCGCUCGGCGGUCCAGCCGCCCACCGCGGGCGGCUGGGGCUGCGCUCCCGGAGGGAAGCGGUGUCUGCUAACAGAAGAAGAUAUAAAGUUACAAGAAUUUCAGCAGAUGAAAGUGGCAAUUAGAAAUGAGCUUCAUGGCAAUAAAGAUCAAUACUUUAAAAAUAUUAAAGAAAAACUAAAGAAAAAUGGAAUCAUUCUCAGAAAUGAAUUAAAAAAUUUGCUGCAUUUAUGUCAGACUUCAUCUGAUGUGGAACUAGCCAGAAAAAUUAUUUACAGGUAUCAUGAACAGAAUAGAAUCAGAGCCUUACAUAAUUUUAAAUUUGGUCCACUCUUUAUGAGGCUGUGUUAUGAACUAGACCUUGAAAGAACUGCAGUAGAACUUAUCAAAGAUCAGAAUUUGCAUGGUUUUUUCUCAGACAGUACAUCAUUCCAUAUUUUGAUGACUAUGUUGUUUAAAAAGGGCCAUUUUGAAAGUGCUUUGGAAGUUCUGGUAGAAAUGAAAAAACAAGGUAUACCUUUCAACAAAGAAACCUAUCUACUUGCAGUUGCAAUAUGCUAUAAACUGGGCAACCCAGAGUCUUCCAAAAUCUCUGUGAGACUGCUUGAAGAGGCACAGCUAAAAGGUGACAUGAUACCACUGCGAGCAUACUGCUUUGCAAUGGCAACUGCUCUCAAGCAGAAUGAUGUAGCACAAGCCAAAUUUUAUUGUUCCCAGAUAAUGAGAACAGAGAACAAACUAUACAAUAAUCUUAAAGUCCUUGUCCAGCUCAGAUCUGGUUUGCUAAAAGAAGUAAUAAAUACAUUAGAGGCAGCGGUGGAAGCAGAUACUCCUCCCUUUGUGAAAAGAACUCAGUUUUCUGAGCAGGUGCUGGCUACAGUCAGGGAAAAGAUGGAAGAGAGCCCUGACCUUUCUGUCAAAUUAGGAAAUAUUUAUACGAAACUACAAGCUUCAGGACAGAUAACUAUGUGCACGCUGGAAGACAUGCUUUUCCAGAUUCCUAGUUCGAAGAAGAUGGCUGCAAAGCUUUUGAAUCAGAAACAAUUGGGCUGUCCGGGUGCUAAUCCACUUUGGUCAAAUCUGUUGUUAGGAUAGCUCAGUGUUUGAUGCCAAACUGAACUGCUGAUAGCAACUCUUAUAAUCCAGGUUCAAAUAAAAUGCCUUUUUCCUUUUUCACACAGUGAGCAGUUUUAAGUUAUUUGUAUAAAAUUUCAUUUUAAGUACAGAUCGUGUAGCUUCCAUGUUUCGGUUUUAAUCCUGAAAACAAGCUGUGACAGUGGGUAUUUGUGUGCUGUUCAGAAAUGGAAGUGAUAGAAAGGCUUGACUUUUUCCUUAGGCUCUUGUUAAUAGUUAAAAUGCUGUUACAAAGUAGAUGGAAUUUCAUGUAGGUGAAGAAUAAUAGGAAGUGUGUAUCACACUUCUGUGAAUCCUGUGUACCCUUUUUAUGAUAAGUACUACAUAUAUUAAUCUAAAAACACAGCUAUUACUUUUUCUGUAAUAUUGUGUAGUAUGUAAUUCCACAUGUAGUUUUCCCUUUGUUGAAUAUUCUUCCAACAUUUCUAAUACUAUGUGGACCCUUGAGAAGUUCUCAGUCUUUUCUCCACAAAUAAAUUUGAUACGAGAUUUGUAAUGGCUACUUGCCAUGUGGCAAGCAUUAGUGGCAAAAAAAUUAAAGGAAUUAAUACUGUUCAGUUUACUCUGUUUGUAUGGACAGGAAAACCAUCUGGUGUCAGCCAGUACAAUCAGGACAACUGUUUGGUGUUAAAAUGUAUAAAUGCCACAUUUUUAAAGGCUAUCAAAUACAGUUUGACACAUUUAGUCUUACACAGCAAAUGUAUAAGGUCAGUUCUGUUUAAUUUCGUAACUUGGCACUUUAAAACUUGUGUUAAUUGCAAUAAGUUGUUGCAUCCUAGAUCUGUGCAUGUGUGCUUGUUCAUUCUAAUCAGAAUUGUUUAGCUUCCUAACUAAGGCUAUAUCCUACCUGCAACUGAAGUAAUCAUAACUUUAAUUAAAAUUGUGAAAAUA